AUGGUCUACAACAUCACCGAGAAAGAAACCCAGCCCACCAUCUGGAGCCACAUCAACGGCCCCGAGGCCGACAUUCUCGAUCGCUACUGCGUCUCCGAGCUCUGCAAGGGGUGGCCAGUAUAUCGCGACGCCUCCGAAUGGAACCACUACCGCAACUUGUUCGUAAAGAACGGCGCAUUCGUCUUCACCACCUGGAGUGGCGGUCUUCCCAUCGAUGACUUCAUAUCCACGUCCAUCGAAGGACGCGCUAAUGGGGACCACAUCAUGCAUCGCGAGAAUGGAACGCUGGUCGACCUGAACCCGGCCACUAACCGCGCCAUCGGCAAGAUGAAGGCGACCAUCACGCAACGCUUCGACUGGGACGGUGUCGAGUUCGACGUGGAGUGCGACUGCCGCUUCAUCAACUUCUGCCUCAAGCAAGGAGGAGAUUGGAAAGUGGUCUAUAUCAAACUGUUCUACGAAAAGGACCGGGUCACUCCCGCGGAUGGCCAGACCGUGCCCAAGUUUGACCGGGCCGAGCUGGAGAAGUAUCCCAAGGGAUAUCAGUAUCUGGCCGUGGCUCAGGCGAAGCUGGGCCAUCCAAUCCUUAACAACCUGCCGACGAUGGACAAUGAAGCGUUCUUCAAGUUAUAUGAGGCGAUGGAUGCGUGGAUGGAGGGUCGACCGGUGGGGGAUUUAAUGGGCAUCCCUGAGGAUGCGUCGCCACGAUAUUAA